AUGGCUACCGUGUUGCAGUCACAGAUUCUCGUGAAGUUCCACCAGGACAUGAGCAAAUUCCAGCAGCAGUUCAAACCAGCUUUGGUCAACUCGAUCAAGAUUUACUUUUGCAAGCUGAAGAAAUUGUCAUUAGUCCCGGAUCCUCAGUUACCAGCAAUUCAAGCUGCGAUUGCAAAAGGCAUUCCAGUCAUCAGUGAAAUUCAAAUUCUCCGCCGUGCUACAGAUAAACCGAUUGUGGCGAUUACUGGCUCAAAUGCAAAAAGUACCGUGACCACUUUGAUUGGUUUAAUGGCACAAGAUGCAGGGGUUAAGGUUGCGGUAGGGGGUAACUUGGGGCGUCCUGCUUUGGAUUUAACCCAUGAUGAUCCAGAUGUUUAUAUCCUUGAGCUUUCCAGCUUUCAAUUGGAAGCAACCUCAAGUUUAAAUGCCGAAGUGGCUGUGGUUUUGAACAUGAGUGAAGACCACUUGGACCGUCAUGGGGAUAUGGCAGGUUACCAUGCGGCAAAACAUCGUAUUUUUCAAGGUGUGAAAAAAGUCGUAUAUAACCGUGACGAUUCAUUAACUCGCCCAUUGGUACCAGAUGUCACACCGAUGCAAAGCUUUGGGCUCAAUGCACCUGAUUUAAAACAAUACGGUAUCCUAAGAGAAGAUAACGGUACGAUUUGGUUAGCGCGAGGUCGUGAACGUCUACUCAAAAGUUCAGAGAUGUAUAUUCAAGGAACGCAUAAUGUUGCCAAUGCUUUGGCAUGUUUAGCUUUGGGUGAAGCGAUUGGUUUACCAAUGGACAAAAUGCUUGAAACCUUAAAAACCUUUAAAGGUUUAGAGCACCGUUGCGAAUUCGUUAAAGAAGUGAAUGGCGUUCGUUAUUAUAAUGAUUCUAAAGGUACCAAUAUCGGUGCAACUUUGGCGGCAUUGGACGGUUUAGGUGCUGCAAUUGAAGCCCAAGGUGGUCAGGUUGCUAUUAUUUUGGGUGGUCAGGGCAAAGGGCAGGACUUUACUGCACUACGUGAGUCUCUGCAAAAAUAUGCCAAAGUUGCGGUACUGAUGGGUGAAGAUCGCUCAAUCAUUGAAAAUGCCAUUGCAGGGACAACAACGCUGCUACAUGCAGCAUCUUUGCAACAAGCUGUAGAACUUUGUCAACAACAUACGCAUGCGCAAGAUGUAGUGCUAUUAUCACCUGCAUGUGCAAGCUUUGAUAUGUUUACAGGCUAUCCUGAGCGUGGUCAUCGCUUUGUUGAAUAUGUAAAUGCUCUAAACUAA